GUGAAACCAUGGGUGCACCAUUUCUUCUUACCCUAGUAAUACUAACCCAGAUAACAUCCAUUUCUUCUUCUUUCUCAAGCCAUGGCUUAACUGGCGGCUCAUCUCUAUCUGUCGAGAACCAACAACACCUUUUAGUUUCCCCCAACAACCUUUUCACAGCCGGAUUUCAUCAAGUCGGAGACAAUGCUUACGCGUUUGCAGUGUGGUUCUCGGACCAAACCACGUCGGGGGUUCGAACCGUGGUUUGGAUGGCUAACCGAGAUGCACCGGUUAACGGAAAACAAUCAAAACUAUCCUUAGGGAAAGAUGGUAAUCUUGUUUUGGUAGAUGCUGGUCAUUACGUUAUUUGGUCAACCCAGACAAAGGCAACGUCUUCUUCCUUACAACUCCGAAGCUCCGGUAACCUUGUGCUUAGUGACGGAGAUCAAUCGAUACUUUGGCAAAGCUUCGAUUAUCCGACAGAUACCCUUCUUCCAAAUCAACCCUUUACUAAAAGCACACAACUUGUUUCUUCAAGAAGUUCUACAAAUUGCUCUUCGGGUUUUUAUAAGCUUGUUUUCGAUAACGAUAGCAUUCUUCGACUUCUUUAUGAUAGUCCUGAAACAACUUCUCUAUACUGGCCUGAUCCCAGGUUACUAACAUGGAAAGUUGGAAGAUUUCAGUAUAUAAAUACUCGAAGAGCAAGCCUUGAUUCCAAGGGUGAAUUCCACUCAUCUGAUGGUUUCACAUUCUUAUCUGCCGAUUUUGGGAUGGCAAGGCAACGAAUCAUGAGGAUGGACACAGACGGGAUCCUAAGAGUUUAUAGUCUCGUUGAGCACGAAAGAGGAACCAAAUGGGAAACUCAAUGGCAAGCCAUUGAUCGUACUUGCAGGGUUGAUGGUAUUUGUGGAGCAAACAGUCUAUGUACUUAUUCUCAAGAUUCAGGUAGAAAAUGCAGUUGUUUACAUGGGUUCAAGAUGGUGAACUCCAAAGAUUGGAGUUAUGGGUGUGAACCUGAAUUCAAACCAUGCAUCCGAGAUGAAUGUGAUUUCAUUGAGCUUCGUGAAGCCGAAUUCUACGGAUACGAUAUUCGGAUGGGACUAAACUACACUCUUGAUGCUUGCAAGAAGGAUUGUUUACUGGAUAGAAAUUGUAGUGGGUUCAAUUUGGGAUGGAAAGGAAAUAUGGGAUACUCGUACUGUUUCAUGAAGACUUCUUUGCAUAAUGGGUACCAAAAUGGGGUUGCUGGGGUGAUGUAUAUCAAACUACCAAAGAGAUUAGUAUCAUCUUUCGAUCAAAAAACCAUCAGCCUCUCAACCCUGAUCUGUCCAUCACGGCCUGUAUUGACGCCGUUAAUAAGAUCGUACGACAAAAAACACGAUAUCAGCAAGCCACUAGGAUACAUGCUAGUGUUGGGAUGCACGAUUGGGAUCAUUGAGAUCAUCUGCAUAGUGGUUUUCUGGUAUUUUAGCCAUCAACAUUCAUCUGCAGCAGAGGAAAGUUAUUUUCCAGCACCAACAGCGUUCCGGAAGUUCACGUACCGUGAGCUGAAGAAGGCAACACGCAAUUUUCGAGAAGACAUAGGGAGCGGUGGUGCUUCUGUUGUAUAUAGAGGCAGAUUAAAUGACAACAGGAUUGCUGCAAUCAAGAGGCUCAAGAAUACAUAUCAACAAGGGGAAGUUGAAUUUCAAGCUGAGAUAAGCACGAUUGGGAAGGUGAAUCACAUGAACUUGAUAGAAACAUGGGGUUAUUGUGCUGAAGGAAACCAUAGACUUGUGGUUUACGAGUAUAUGGAGAAUGGAUCGUUGGCUGAAAACUUGGGGACCGGUAAACUUGAUUGGGCGACAAGGCUUGAUAUCGCAACGGGUACUGCCAAAGGACUUGCUUAUUUACACGAGGAGUGUUUGGAGUGGGUUCUACAUUGUGAUGUGAAACCCCAUAACAUAUUGUUGGAUGCUAAUUAUAAUCCCAAAGUGGCAGAUUUUGGUCUUUCCAGAUUGUUUGAUAGAAGUGGUAUCAACCAGUCAAAUUUCUCCAUGGUUCGAGGGACUCGAGGCUACAUGGCUCCCGAAUGGGUGUUCAAUCUUCCGAUUACCUCAAAAGUUGAUGUAUUUAGCUACGGGGUGGUGAUAUUGGAGAUGAUAACAGGAAGGAGUCCAACAGGCAAGCAACAUACAAGCAACGAAGAUGGCAAGGCUGAGUCUUCGCUAAUUGAGUGGGUGAGAGAGAGGAUUCAAGACGCGAACGGGGAAUCAUGGGUCGAGGAUAUCAUAGAUCCUUCAAUAAGAGGCGAAUAUGAUCGGACCAUAAUAGAAAAUCUGGUUAGGAUUGCACUGCAUUGUACCGAGGAAGACAGGGAUGCAAGACCCUCCAUGAGUCAGGUUGUUGAUAUGAUCCAAGACCCUCGAUGAGCCUGGUUUCAAAAUCAUAUACGGAACUCGCCUCUCUUACCAGGUUGAAAUAUGUUGGCUUUUCAUUUUCAUGCAGUAGACUGUUCUUAGAGGCAUUUUGUCAAACAUUUGGAGGGCAUAGAAUGGUGGCUGUUUACAGCAUCCCUAAUAUGUUUAUGCUGUUACAUAUAUGCAUGAUGCAUCUAAAUAUAAACUUAUUAUGACCCAUCUCAUGAUUA